GUGUUAUUGAUUAUACUACAAAUUAAAGCAACCAAAAAUAAUGAAAUAAAAUAGAAACAAGUGAACAAAUAUAACCUUCAAAUAAUUUUGAAAAAGGCGCAAUUCUGGAUUACCGCAACAAUAAAAAGUUACUAAAGGUCUUUGAAGAGUAAAAACUCUACGAAAAAUAUUCAAAGGAAUUUAAAAACAUAAUUUGCUAAAUUACGCAAUUUUUCAUUUGUCUACUCAUCAAUUUUAACGGCAACUCAAAAAUGCAGUUACGCUUAAUGUUGGCAUUGCUUUUUGUUGCAUGCAUAACGGUGCUGUCUGGCUACUUGCCAUAUUCAGAUGCAGCAUCAACCGAACGACCUUACCAAUUUGGUUUCACAAUCGAUGGACAGCAGCAUCGCCAAGAGAAAAAAGAUGAGCGCGGUAUAGUUAUGGGCGAAUUUGGCUUCAUAACCGCCGAUGGCAUUUAUCACGUGACAGUCUAUGCUACCGAUGAGGAAGGCAAAUUCCGUAUAUUAGCCAUGCGUAGUUAUCCCUACGAAGAGCAUCCAAAGACAAUCGAAAUGAUUGUAAGACCGAAGGCCAAAUCGACGACGCCAAAGGCCAUUGCACCACCCACCACAACAACAGAACGCGCCAAGCCAAAACCAGUCGAGAAACAUAAUUUCAGCGUGCAAGGUUGUUCGGGUUGUUUUAUCAAAAACAAUGUGCCAACAACGACAACAACAACGCGAAAACCAGAAGAUAAAAAAUACGGCAUAAGACCUUUGUCAAAGCCGCUGGCGCCAGAAGAAGCUCCACAAAUUGGUAAGCAUGUAAUUCCGCAGGUUUUACCACAAGUGCUGAAAGAGGUGCAACAAGUUGAAACAAAAUUGAAAGGAACAGAAGUUAGAGUACCAACAAAGGUAGGGGGAGCCGUAGUAAUAGAUAGGAACAGAGGAGAGAGUACAGUUAGCGAGAACCGUUCGAAAGGUGUGCAAAAGAUGCAGGUAGCAACACAAAAUACACUAGGGGGAGUACAGAAAGAACCAAGAGUAGUACAAACAGCGCAAAUAGUGGGACAAAAAGCAAACACACUAACACAAAAGGUACCGUUAUUAGAGCAGAAUACAAAAGAAGUAAUACAGAGAGCACCGGAAGGAACAAAAAGGGAUCAGGAAAACGCGAAGGCACCACAAACAACACAGCAAACACAAACGACACAGUUGGGAUCAGGGACAAAAGCACAAAUCCUGCAGGUAACACCACAAAAAGCACAAACAACAGCACAGAAAACACAAGCAACAACACGAAACCAAGAAGGUACUCUGCCAACAUCGCUGAAAGAUCAAGAAGCGAUACAAAGAGCGCAGGAGAGAAGAAAACUGGCGCUACAAAACGAAAGGAUACAGUCCACAAUACUGAAAGCACAAGCAACAACACAACAAGCUCAGACACUGCCACAGAAAACAGAUAUAACACAAUUUGCACUGCAACACAACACACCGUUAGCUACACAAACAAAUAUAGCAACAACAAUUCCACUUGAAACACUUAGCACAAACACAAACCGUCUGAGAGCUUCGUCUGUAGGGAGCAAAGGAAGUGCUUUGCCGCCCAGCAACACAGCAAAGACAGCAACACUGGGCGGAAUUGGUGGCGCAAAAGCAGCAAAAGCGCCGGCGACAACUGGCAUAAACG